CAUCUGCUGGGAAGAGCGAGCACUUGCUAGCAGAAGCUUGUGUCUGCACAACACUGGGAAGUGGCAGGUGCUCUAAGGGAGUGACAUAGGAUGAGGUAAUGUCCACAGUCGUUCCACUUUCGUGAGCACAAACUAAAACCUAGGGCACCCCUGGGUGGGAACUGCAUCCUUCUAGGUCCAGGUCUCACCCACCUCUCCUCAUCCCGUCACCUGAUUGGCUCCAGCCUGGAGUCAGCCAGUGAGUGACAGAAGAUGCUCAGUGCCAUGCACAUGUUUCUCUCUCCAGAUUUCACUGGAAGUGUGAACAUCACUACUCCAGAGCAGACGAUUCAGGAAGCCCAAGGGGAAACUGUCCACCUGCCCUGCAUGUUCACCCUUAGCCCUGAGGACCAAGGACCACUGGACAUUGAGUGGCUUCGGCUUUCAGGACCUAAUAACGAGGUGGUGGACCGUGCGAUUAUUUUGUAUACUGUAGAUAAAAUUUAUUCUGACUUCUACUAUGACCUGAAAGGACGAGUAAAUUUUACAACUAAUGAUAUUGUGUCUGGCGAUGCAUCCAUAAAGAUAAGAAAUGUUCGGCCUUCAGACAGUGGCACCUACCAGUGCAAAGUGAAAAAAGCCCCUGGUGUUGCCAAGACAACCAUCCAGCUGACAGUUGUUGAUUUCACUGGAAGUGUGAACAUCACUACUCCAGAGCAGACGAUUCAGGAAGCCCAAGGGGAAACUGUCCACCUGCCCUGCAUGUUCACCCUUAGCCCUGAGGACCAAGGACCACUGGACAUUGAGUGGCUUCGGCUUUCAGGACCUAAUAACGAGGUGGUGGACCGUGUGGUUAUUGUAUAUUCUGCAGACAAAAUUAGUGGUGACGUCUAUCCAGAUCUGAAAGGACGAGUGCAUUUUACCAGUCAUGACAUCAGGUCUGGGGACGCAUCCAUAAAUAUAACAAAUGUUCAGCUAUCGGACGCUGGCACCUAUCAGUGCAGAGUGAAAGAAAACCCCGGCAUUGUGAACAGGAAUAUUAAGCUGACCGUCACCGAUUUCACUGGAAGUGUGAACAUCACUACUCCAGAGCAGACGAUUCAGGAAGCCCAAGGGGAAACUGUCCACCUGCCCUGCAUGUUCACCCUUAGCCCUGAGGACCAAGGACCACUAUUCAUUGACUGGAUGCAGCUUACAGGACCUGAAAACGAGGUGGUGAACCGUAUGUUUAUUGUAAAUCUAGCAGACAAAAUUUAUGAUGACUUCUAUCAAGAUAUGAAAGGACGAGUGAAAUUUACUAGUGACAACAUCAGGUCUGGGGACGCAUCCAUCAACAUAAGCAAUGUUCGCCUAUCUGACGCUGGCAUCUAUCAGUGUGGCAUGUUCCAUGGCUCUGGGGAGGUCAAGAGGACCAUUCAGCUGACAGUUGUUGGCUAAUCAUCUGCCCCAGAGAUCACAUCAAUUGAACUUUUAAUCAAGUUUUGCCAAUUAUUUGAUCUGUGAGUCUUCAAUGAAAUGUGCCUUGUGCCCCCCUGCACUCCUUCAACCCCAAAAGAGUCCUUCAUGAGAAUAAACCAGUGUCUCAUA